AUGCAACGGACGAUGCGAAUACCGCUGCGCCUUGCACCCCGUGUGCUCAGAGGCAAGGUGCUACCCCUCCGCAGCAUCCACGCCUCGGCCGUUGCGGGUGCCAACGUCGCCCCCGUCGUCGGCACCGGCCCGCCCCCCGAGGCCCCCAUCCAGCGCACCCCCAACGAACGAGUCGAGCGCCGCCGCAAGCAUGCCGAGAUGCUCAAGAUGGCCAAGGCCAUCCGCAGCGCCAACGACGGCAAGAAAUCCUCCUCUCCCUCCUCCUCCGCCGGCGGCGGCGGCGGCGGCGGUGACCUCUCGCCCACGAGGCGCCGCUUCUGGAAGGACGUCCGCGUCAAAGAGGUCGACGGCGCGCUGCAGGUGCUCCUCGACGCGCGGCCGCUGCGGCACCCCAACAACAAGGAGAUUGUGCGCGUGCCGCUCAGCAAGCCCACGCUCGCGACGGCGCUCGCCAUCGAGUGGGACCUGCUCACCUCGGCGCAGCAGGCCACGCAGCAGCACCUGAUUCCGCUGACGAGCCUCGUCUGCCGCGCCAUUGACGUGGCCGCCGACGAUGCGCUCGGCGACCGCGCCACGGUCCGCGCUGCCAUUGCCGAGUCGGUCAUGCGCUACCUCGACACCGACUCGCUGCUGUGCUGGGCGCCGCCCGCGGGCAAGCUCGACUUGCGCAACGACGCGGGCGAGUCCCUCCGCGACGUGCAGAAGCGCGCUGCCGAGGAGACGGUCGGCUUCCUGGCGACGCACGUCUGGCCCGGCGUCACCGUCAAGCCCGUCCUCGACGGCCACUCCAUCUUCCCCGCCGAGCAGGACGAGGGCGUGCGCGACGUCGUCCAGGGCUGGGUCAUGGGCCUGUCGGCCUGGGAGCUUGCCGGCCUGGAACGGGCCGUGCUGGCUGGCAAGAGCCUCGUCACCGCCGCACGCUUCAUUGCAGAGUGGAGCGAUGAUGCUGCCGGUCUGUCCAAAGCGGUCGCGCGCGAGACCCGGUUCAGCGCCGAGGAAGCGGCCCGCGUCACGAGUCUGGAGGUCGACUGGCAGACGAGCCACUGGGGUGAGGUGGAUGAUACCCAUGAUGUCAACAGGGAGGACGUGCGACGCCAGCUUGGCAGCGUUGUUCUGCUUGUGUCUGGCGCAAGCAAGUCGUCGUAA